CGUAACGGCAAGCGAGCGUGCCAUACACCUUCGUUAUCAGAACGGAUCUGAUCGCGUUCGAAACCUUCACAGUGUGCCCUUUUGCCGUGCCCGAGCGUUAACUAUGGUUUAGAACCGUCUCGACCGUGCUUUGGAGGAUUGCUUUCGCCCAGUGCGCAAUGGGACUCGUUCGGUGGCCCUUUUGGGCAGUGGUUUGUGUGUUUCUGAGCGUCCCCUGUGGCUUGGUAGUGAGUGAACAGGAGCAGCUGGAAGAUAUCGUCCAACAGCCGGUCCACUGCGAACGGAUCGAUAACUCGCAGUGGAGUCGACCGGGGAGUGCAAAUGAUUGGGAACCGUUCCACGGAAGGAUAGGCGAUCGGGUACUGCGCUGCGACUGUCACGAUAGUGUCCGAACGCGUCGAAGUGAGGAGUACACCGUCGAUCAGCAGCCCAAGCUACGAAAUGCCGUAUUUGUCCUGUCCGCCUUCCCGGCAACUACCGUCGCAACGGACAUACUGAUCGUAAACUGUGGCCAACUGCACGUCCCGGCCGGUACCUUCCGCUCCAUACGGGCCGCAUUUCUACCGCGCACGAUACGUUUCGUCAACAUCGCACAGUUGACGCUGGAUUCGUUCGCGUUUGAAAGCGACAGCCCAACGCGCGCUCAACAGGUGGUGACGAACCCACGCGAUCCUCAUCCAAUACUUGGCCCGAUUACGCUUAGCUUUGACCGCUGCCAGCUGGACGAGCUGCCCGCCAAUGUGUUCCACGGAGCGGCGAUACGGUCGGUGCUGUUCAGUGCGUCCAGCAUUGGAGCGAUCCGAUCGCUAGCCAUCAGCACCCGCUUUCAACAGUUCCUACUUUCCGACACGGUUGUUGGGUCGUUCGCCCGACAUGCGUUCAAGCGAGCGCAGAUGGAGCAGUUGCAUUUGCACAAUGUCACGAUGACCGGGGCGUGGGCUUCGCAGGCCUGGCAGGGGCUUAUCGUCGGCAACUCGAUACAGAUAAGAGAUUCCAGGUUUCUGCAAACAAUUCACCCGGCCGCAAUCACAGAGAGCAGCACUGACGAGUUGCUGCUCCAAGGGAAUGUUUUCAAUGAUGCAAUCGCAGAAGAAGCAUUUCAGCUCGAAAUAAAGCUUCGAGUAAGGCUCCUGGACAACAGCUUCAAUCAACUUUCAUCAAAUCUGUUCAGAGGCAUUCGAAUAUCCAACGAAACGGCCUGGAAUGCGCAGCCAGACAUACUGUUGGAGCGUAACCUGAUCGACACCUUCACGAUCACUACCGACACGAGCAGCUUUCUGGUGUUUCCACGAAACUUCUCCAUCAGCCUACAAGCCUUCCGCAUCGCGCAGCUUGCGACCUGCGAAAGCACCAACGUAACCUUCCCGGCCUGGUCGGAAAUCUUCUUCCUACAACCGUUUGCCACAACACCACGCGAUCAUCCCGACUCCUACAUCUCCGUGGAGCAGUACCGUACCCAGGAGGGUUGUGAUUCGGAGGACAACAGACUGCUGAUUAUCAUCUUAGCUACCCUGCUUGGGGUGGCCAUACUCGGUGGUGCCAUUGGUGGCUUCUUGUGCUGGCGACACUAUCGCAGGAAGGAGCAAAUGUUAAUAUUGGAGCAGAAGGUCGUUCAGCCAAGAACGUAUCGUGAAACGCAGAUACUGCUCAAGCUCGAAACGGUCGGCACACUGAAGACAGAUUUUUAAGAGGCCCUAAGCUAGUCUGAUGUCUGAUUAAGAAUUCUACAACCGGGCAACGACUACUACCAGCAAAGAAAGAUACGCUUAUUCGAAUAU